CAGUCCUCAGCUAGUCAGCUCGCGACAGUCCACCAGCCCACCGUACAGCCAUGAAGGUCCUGGUCAUUGUGAGCGCCAUUCUGGCCGCCGCCGCCGCCGCCCCGACGCCCGGCUACCUGGGCGCCGCCCACGGGCUGCUCGGCGCCGCCCCCGCAGUGGUUGCCGCCCCGGCGGUGGUCGCCGCCCCCGCCGUCCACGCCGGGUACGCCGCGUACGGCCCCGCCCCCGUGGCUGUGGGACCCGGCGGCUACCUGGCCGACACCCACGACGUGGCCGCCGCCAGGGCCGCCCACCUGACCGCCGUCGCCCAGACGCAGGCCCGCGACGCCAUCGUCAACGGCGCCGCCGCCCACGCCGCCCUCGCCGCCCCCGCUCUGCUCGGAGCGCACGGACUGGCGUACGGACACGGCCUGGCUUACGGUCAUGGCUACCACGGCUGAACUGCGCUCGCAGGCUAGCUGUGCUGCACUGUUACGUUUCUUUCUGUAAAUAAAAGCACUACCGCCGA